AUCAACCAUUUGCUAUUCCGACGUAUAAAGAUGUCCGCGACCCACACAGUAUGGAACCUCUCAAACGGCCAAGCGUACUACUAUUUCACUAGAGAACGCUACGUCCCUCCGCAGAAACUAGCUCUUGCUAACCUAUCGCCGCAAUGGGUAUCAUUUCUGUUAGCGAUGGGACAUCCGACCCCAUCGUCACCCACCUAGCAGCAGAGGACAAGGUGCCCUGGUAUAAGAAGCCAAACCUGAGAACGAUGUACUUCUUUCUCUUCUGCUGCUGCAUGGGAAUAGAGAUAACUAGCGGUUUUGACUCUCAAUUGAUUAAUACGCUGCAAAUUUCGCCAGCAUUCCUCAAGUACUUUGGCGAUGGCUAUACAAACAAGGAUGGGGAACUAGCGAUUAAGCCAUCAAUGUUAGGCUUCAUCUCAUCUUGCUACCAGCUUGGCUCAGUUUUCGGUGUCCCAGUUGCACCGUACUUUAACCAGCGAUUUGGUCGACGAUGGUCAAUUAUGGCAGGAUCUCUUAUUAUGUGCGCUGGAGCGCUUCUACAAUGCUUCGCUCAACACGUGGCUAUGUACAUCGUUGCUCGUAUGAUUCUCGGAUUUGGCAUUGUUUUGUGUAUCAUUGCUGGAUCGGCCUUAAUUGGCGAGCUUGGUCACCCUAAAGAGCGAUCCAUUUUAACUUCUCUGUUUAAUUCGUCCUACUUUAUCGGCUCCAUCGUCGCAUCCGCCAUCACGCUUAGAACUGUCGAUAUCCCAAAUGACUGGAGUUGGCGGGUGCCUUCUAUCCUCCAGAUAUGCCCGUCCGUAAUACAGAUUUCGCUCAUCUACUUCCUACCAGAAAGCCCUCGUUGGCUGAUCAGUAAGGACCGCGACGACGAAGCCUUUGCUAUCUUGGUCAAAUACCACGCUGAGGGAGACGCGGACUCUAUACUCGCCCGUGCGGAAAUGGCUCAAAUCAAGUCGACUAUCGCAAUCGAGCUGGACCACUCAAAGCAAUCCUGGAGGGACAUGAUUAGAACACCCGGCAUGCGUCGUCGAGUCCUCAUCGCGUCGAUGAUGGGUCUGUUCACACAGAUGUCCGGCAACACACUGCUCUCAUACUAUUCUAGCCUCCUCUUCGGCAUGAUGGGGUAUACGUCCACUUUUGCGAAGACUAGAAUCAACCUCGCCAACAACUGCUGGAGUCUCCUCACAGCUACCAUCACUGCCUUGAUCAUCACGAGAUUCAAGCGUCGCUAUAUGUUCAUGCUUUCUGCGGGGCUUAUGUGUACCGUAUUUAUAGCAAUAACUGUUUGUUUCGAAAAGUUAGGCGAAGCAAAGGCUGCGGGUGUUAAGAAUGGAGCAGCUGGGAUUGCCGCCCUAGUUUUCUACUUUUCAUACCAGCCCUGUUACAACAUUGGCAAUAACGCACUUACAUACACUUACCUUGUCGAGCUCUUUCCCUACGCUGAACGCAGCCGUGGCAUCGGAGUCGAGCAGCUCUUUGGAAAACUCGGCGGCUUCUUCUCUAGCAAUGUUAACCCAAUAGCCCUAGAUGCAAUUUCUUGGAAGUUCCUUGCAAUCUACUGCGGCUGGAUCUGCUUUGAGCUUAUAUUCGUCUACCUCUUCUAUCCUGAGACCCAGGGACGUACACUCGAAGAGCUUGCCUUCUUGUUUGAAGACAAAGCGCUUGCUGACCAGGCCGUUGAGGCUGUGGAGAAGCAAAUCCAUUUUGGAGGGAAGGAGGAGGACGACACCAGAAGAGAGAGCGUGGCGCAUGUUGAAGCCUAAGAGGCCAAUUGUUACGGUUCACCCCACCACUAACGUCAGGCGAGGGAUUGGCUGAGGAGCCACAUAUGAGAAACUACACUCGUUAGCUGAG